GUAAGUUAUAUAUACCCUCUAUAAAGUAAAGCCCUCAUCAGGUCUCUUGAGUGCUUCAUCGGCUCAGACAACUCGUAGCUAUAUCGAGUAAAAAAGGAAACAAAACAAACAAAUAUAUAGAAUGGAGUUCAAUAACCAGAUAAGUAUGUUAAAGAUGGUGUUAUUGAUGUUGAUAAUGAUGUUGGGGUCUCAGUCCGAGGCUCAGCUGAACAGUGACUAUUACAAGGAGAGCUGUCCCACGCUGUUCUAUGUGGUGAGAAGGGUGGUGCGUCGGGCGGUGGCCAGAGAGCCUCGCAUGGGCGCUUCUCUCCUCCGAUUAUUUUUCCACGACUGUUUCGUGAACGGCUGUGAUGGAUCUAUUUUAUUGGAUGACACACCGUCAUUUGUCGGAGAGAAAACGGCUGGACCUAGCAACAACUCUGUUAGGGGAUUCGAAGUGAUCGACAAAAUCAAGUCAACCGUUGAGAGUCUUUGCCCUGGCAUCGUCUCAUGUGCUGACCUUCUUGCCAUAGCCGCUCGUGACUCCGUUCUCCUAUUGGGUGGCCCUGGGUGGAGUGUGAAACUUGGUAGACGAGACUCUACGACGGCGAACUUUGCGGCGGCUAACUCUGGCGUCAUCCCUUCUCCGAUCAGUACCCUGAGCAACCUCAUCAACCGAUUUAAAGCUCAAGGGUUGUCCACACGUGACAUGGUAGCCCUUUCUGGUGCUCACACCAUAGGGAAAGCGAAGUGUGCCACGUUCAGAAACCGUAUAUACAACGAAAGUAACAUCAACCCCUCCUUCGCCAUGUCAAGAAGGGAGAAGUGCCCUGCCGCCAAUGGCUCUGGAGAUAACAAGGUAGCCGAUCUUGACAUCCGUUCUCCUAACAUGUUCGACCACAGCUACUACAAACAGCUUCUCGGCAACAAGGGGUUGCUUACAUCAGACCAGGUGCUGUUCAACAACGGUCCCACCGACUCGCUAGUCGUAACAUACAGCCACAGUAUCAGAGCAUUCUACCGCGACUUUGUUGGGGCCAUGGUUAAGAUGGGUGACAUCAGCCCAUUAACCGGAUCCAAUGGUCAGAUUCGCAAUAAUUGUCGGAGACCCAAUUAAAAUGAAGGCCAUUUAGACCCAACAAUCACCACUUCGUCAACUGUUUUUUUUUUUAUAAAUAAUAAUUAUUAUGUGCAUCUUCUUCGUCAACUGUUAAAAAAAUAUACAUCUUCAUUAUAAAACCACAAAUAAGGCAAUAUAGAUCUAGCAGAAUAAAAGUAUGUGGCGAUGCAGUUUUCCAUUUACGUUUUUUUUUUGGUGAAUAGUUUUCCAUUUACGUUUGGCA